GGGACGCGCAAUGCUGGUGCCUGUUUUCAAGUCACUCUUCUCUGGAGACCCCAUGGGCGUCCCAUCGUUGAACGCAUGCACGCUCAAGAACUCUUCCUUCUACGUGUGCAACAACGCCGUUGACAGCCCAGAGCUCUACGUGCACUAUGACGGAGUCAACGGACCUGAUGAUGGCCACGAGUGGCUUGUGGGACAUCCUUUCUACUAAGAUGUCGGUUUAGAGGGCGUGAAGGAUUAAAAAGCUUUGAUC